CCGGAAGGCAGACACCGGGAGAAGUGAUGCUUCAGCACGUUGGACAGCUCCGAUCCGGGAACGGAAUCCUGCAGGUUUUAUCUCCACCGGAGCGCCGAUAGACCGAGCAGACCUUCCUCAGGAUGUCAGUGAACCUGUCUCUGUGGGUCUCCCCGUCUGAUGAUCCUCUGAACGUCUCCGUCCUGAUGAACUCCUCCUCGACCCCCUCUCUUCCCCCCUGGAAGGCGCCUACCUUCACCGUGGCGGCUCAGUGUCGUGUAGCAGCCACCCUGGUGCUGUUUGUGUUCGCCGCCUGCAGUAACCUGUCCGUCCUGAUCAGCGUGUGCUGGGGGCGGGGCUAUCGCCUGGCUGCACACCUGCGCCCGCUCAUCGCCAGCCUGGCGUUGGCUGACUUGAUGAUGACGUUCGUGGUGAUGCCGCUGGACGCCGUGUGGAACAUCACUGUGCAGUGGUAUGCCGGGGACGUCAUGUGUAAGCUGCUGUGCUUCCUGAAGCUGUUCGCCAUGCACUCUGCGGCGUUCAUACUGGUGGUGGUGAGUCUGGACCGGUACCGGGCCAUCCUCCACCCUCUGGACUCUCUGGAUGCUGGACUGAGGAACAGACGCAUGCUGCUGGUGGCCUGGACCCUCAGUCUGCUGCUCGCCUCUCCACAGCUCUUCAUCUUCCGGGCCAUUAAAGCAGACGGCGUGGACUUCACUCAGUGUGUGACCCACGGAAGUUUCCAGUAUCUGUGGCAGGAGACGGCAUACAACAUGUUUCACUUUGUGACGCUGUAUGUCUUCCCCCUGCUUGUCAUGACUUUCUGCUACACCCGCAUCCUCACCAAGAUCAAUGGGCAGAUGCACAAGAGCAAAGAGGGGGAACACUGUCUGAGACGCAGUGGAACCGACAUGAUACCCAAAGCUCGGAUGAAGACCCUGAAGAUGACCAUCGUCAUCGUCAGCUCCUUCGUCAUCUGUUGGACCCCCUACUACCUCCUGGGGAUCUGGUACUGGUUUCAGCCAGCCAUGAUCAAGCACACACCCGAGUAUGUGCACCACAUACUGUUUGUGUUUGGGAACCUGAACACCUGCUGCGACCCGGUCAUCUACAGCUUCUUCACCCCGUCCUUCAGAGCCGACCUCGCCGACGUGUUGGCGUGCUGCAGAGGUCGUCGAGCCAACAAUGCCUCGCCUCGCUCUGUGGACCGCCUCUCCGGGCGAUGUCACGGAGGCGGUGUGGAGAUGGAGUCUGAUUUGAGCUCAAACCCGCACAGUGGGAACCCAAGCUAAACGGACUUUGACACUGCUACGAUGAACUUAAUGUCUAAAAUAAAGAUGUCAGCAAUUUCAAGCUCAGAGAAAUCCAAGAGCACAUGACUGCAUGGUGAGCUACUUUGGUUUUCAUGCUCUUAGAGACUCUAAGUCUGCACCAACUUUCGUUUAUUGCAGUGUCUGAUGGUAGGCCCUUGUUCUCGAUGGACUGUUGAUAUCACAAAGAGAACAAAUGUGCUGCAAGACCCAUGUGUGCCAAUACCCUACUACUAAUAUGGCUUCCCUCGCAGCAGGAACCUCCAUGCUAAUCUCAGAUAUCUACAUAUGAGUACAAAAUUAAUAUGCAACAAGAAUUUUGGUGUCUGGAGCGCUCUUGUUUACAUUUGAAGUCCAAGAAGAAUUGACCCACAACCUUUCAGGUGGGAAUUUUUCCUCUACUCCCAUCUCCAACUAAAUUUUGUCUCAAGUUGUAAGUCAUGCUUGCGGAAUAGCAGAUAGCUGCACCAGAAGCCCCAAAAUGUUGGCCCUUUACCCAAGAAUUCCUUGAUAGACGAUGUAAAUUUGGGAACCUCAGAGCGGACUUAACCAUGUGUUAGAAGGAAGGCAAAUGAACAUAGAACAGACACUAAACCAACUACAAAAAGACAUUAAAUUGUACACUGAAACACCCACUUGACUCCAUCUGUAAACAGACCCAAUGGCCAUUUAGUAAGGAAGAAAACAGACUUUGAAACAGAAGCUAAAGGUACCUUGAAAGAGAUGCCAGCAUACCUAGAAGCCCCAGCUACUGGACCUGAAAACAGAUGAAUGGCAAAAGGUUACUUAAAUACAAAUCUCAUCAUGGUUUAAAUAAAAGAAAGUGAACUGUAAAAGAGUUGUUAAUAGUACCUAGAAGCGGACAUUUCAGGGCACCUUUAAGCACAUUUAACCACAUGUAAAAAUGGAACAAAUAACAACUUUUAAGAUCCAAUGGGUACCUCAAAACGCCAACUAAAGGUUACUGUAAACAGCCUAAAAACGUUACUUAAAACAGGCCUAUCCACAUGUAAGAAUGAAAGGAAGCUUUCCUGACAGAUGCAUGCCAAAAGGUACCUCAAAACAGACCUAAUCAUGACUAAAAAUGAAAACUGAUAGUAUGUUGAAACCGACAUGAAAGGGUAACUUAAAACAGAUCUAACCUCUGUUACAAUGUUACCCACCCUGAUGUCGCCCACUGGUCCGUAGACGAAGCUAUGACUUUGGCAUUUUGGUCGUUGCCAGGUUGUGGGUUUCUAACUGCAGCAACUCUCGCCUGGCCUUGCCACAUUCUGCAUACACCACUUCCGGUAUAAACAUAAUCAAAGCUAUAAAUACCCGACACUCAUACACCUUUACGACACAGUGGGUUAGGGUUAAUUUUCAAGUUUCACAACAUUAAAGGAAAUCAAACAUUAUAUUCUUUGUCUUUGAUUGAGACAUCAACAACAACACACACUGCAUAUACACUUUCACAUUAGGGACCCGGGCCCGGAUCCGAGUACAGGAAGUGGACUGCUCUGUGAUGUAAUUCUAAACGGCUGAGAGCAUGACUGUGACUGGUUUUGAAUGUGGGUUUUGGCAGAUAUCAUCUAUUUCCAGUAUUGCAUACCACCACUGAACCUUUUAGUGGUAUGCAGUGCUGGACCGUACUGGCCUACUUUCACCACGCAGGACCGUUGCCCCUGGUGGCUGUCAGGAAUAAUGCAGAUUUUAGAUUUUUUUUUACAGCUGCAUCAUUUUUAAAAACAAAAAAAAUUAGUCCUUAGUCUUUUUGAAGUCUUAGUCCCUUAGUCCUUAGUCUUUUUGAAGGUCUCGCUUUUUGCACGAGACGGAAACCCUGCCCUGCCUUGGUCUUGGUCUUGGCCUUGACUCGGUCUCGAUCCCUAAAUGUCUUGGUCUUGUCUUGGUCUCGGAGCACUCUGGUCUCAGUUAGUGUGGGAUUGACUUCAACACUAGUCUGUCACAUUACACCCUGUUUUUACUCUCCUGGUAAUCUUCUUCCUGGCAAACCUUCCACCUGUUUAACUUUCACAUCUACUCACUUUGCUCUCCACUGAAGUCUGAUUGAACUUGAUUCUUCGCAACACUAAGCACAUCCAUACAGUCUGUUUCAACACUACCUCUGCCAACUGGAUAAUCAACACCUCCUGCAUGAUUGUAAAAACUACUCUGAACGGUAGUUUGUAUCAUAGCCUCUAGAGAGAUUUUAUGGAAAUAUAAAAGGAUGUCAUUAUUUACCAAAAUAUUUGUAAUAGCAAGAUUUGACUAGUAAUGUAUGCAACACUAUAUGAUCAUCAAAUGUACAAUUUAUGUUAAUUAUAUGUAACAAUGAAUGUGAGUGCACCACAAUUAUAUUCUCUUAAGUGCAAGAUGGUGUGAAGUAUCAGAGUCUAAUAUAUGCUCAAUAAA